UCAUCAUGCUUUGCCUUACUAGAAGUGAGCUGGACAUGAUUUCCACAAGAGUGAUGGACUUUAAGCUCCGGGAGGCUGCAGAAGGUGUUGGGGAGGACAGCACAGGAAAGAAAAAAUCCAAAUUCAAAACGUUUAAGAAGUUCUUUGGGAAGAAGAAAAGAAAGGAAUCUCCUUCCUCCACAGGAAGUAGCACCUGGAAGCAAAGUCAGGCGAAGAGUGAGGUCAUUGCCAUCGAAUCAGUGCCAGUGGGCUAUGAUUCAGAAGAUGAGCUUGAGGAGUCAAGAGGCACGCUGGGCAGCCGGGCCCUCUCACAUGACAGUAUUUUCAUUCCUGAGUUGGGACAGGACCCUCCACGGCCUGUGAGGGUGUUCUCCCAAGAAAACGUCUGUGACCGGAUUAAGGCUCUGCAGUUAAAAAUACAGUGUAAUGUGAAAAUGGGGCUGCCACCUCCUCCGGGGAGCCUUCCUGCCAAGCGGGGAGAUGAUGCUGGCAUGAGUUCUGAGGAUGACGGGCUGCCCAGGAGCCCCCCAGAGAUGUCCUUCCUGCACGACAUCGGUCCUGGUACAACCAUAAAGGUCUCUUUUGUUUCCUCAUCCCGGCCGCCCUCUCCAGAACAGCCCUCCUCCAGGCACACGAGUGAUACCCCCGUCUUUCCCCGGACCUUGAACAGCAGUGUGGCACCUGUGGCUGAUUUCAGUCACCCUCCAGAAUUCUCCUCCUGCCUGGACAACUCUGCAGCUAAGCACAAGCUCCUGGUUAAGCCCCGCAACCAGCGGUCAAGCAAAAUGAGGCGCCUGUCUUCGCGGGCACAGUCUGAAUCCCUGAGCGACCUGACAUGCACCCCCGAGGAAGAGGAAUCAGAUGAGAAGCCAUUACCCACGCUCAGCUCAGAGGAGAAGCCCAGUGCUGGACAGCAGGAUGUGGUCCUGGACAGAGGCCCGGAGCCCAGGGUCCCAGCCACCAUACUGCCACCUGGGGGACUCAGUGCAAGACGGGCACGCCUGCAGCACUGCCCGGCGCUCAGUGCCAGUGCUGAGGAGGAGAGCUUCCCUGGGGACAAUGCCUCUAGCCGCCCAGCCACCCCUGAAGUCACGGAGCCCAUGUCAGGCCCAGCCCCCUGCUCAGAGUUCCCUCUUUUGCCAGAAGGCUCCCCCCACCCUGAUCCCAACAGCAAAAAUCAGAGGGAGGAGCUGUCCCUUGAAAGCACAUGUCUGCUAUCCAAGGACAUAGAUGAUGAGGUGGUUUGUGCUUCUGGAGAUGCUGAGAGUUUAUUAUCGCCCCACAUCCCUGAGGAAGGCACAAUACCUCCUGGGACCAGCCCCACCAUCCUCUUGGAGAUUCCCUCGGGUCCAGAUGGGCCAGACCACCAUGUACAGAAGGAGGCGGAGCUGACACUGGCAGUGCCCAGUCCUGAGGGACCAGAGACAGAAUGUUCUAAGGACCAUGCCCCAAGUCCCCCAGCCCCCAAGAGCUGCUUGAAGCACAAGGCCCCGGUGGCAAGCAGGAGCCUCAGUGUGUCCCCCACCUCACCCACCUUGGAGCCCUCUCAAGAGGAACCCACCCCCUGUGCCCUGGACAAAGAAGCCACCCCCCAAGAACCCCCCAGGGCUGAGCAAGCUGAGUCCCCACAGGGGGUGCCCAAAAGGGAGGCACCAGAGCAUAAAAUGGGGAAAGGAGGCAAUGAGCCACGGGGCGUGAAGAAGUUCUCCGUGUCCUCUGGUCGGGGGUGGCCACACACAGGCCACAGGGAACGGCUGGGGCACCCUGGCCCUGUGGGCCCCACUGCUGUCUCCUCCACUAUCCGUCUGCCCCUACUGAGGAGCAGCCUGGCCUGGAGGAGCGAGGCUGCCCUCGAUGACCUCCGGGUGCCUCUGGACUGCCAGAACCAAAAACUGGACCCUGAGGAGCCACCUUCAUCAGUUGAGUGUGGCUCUCAGGACUCAGGGAGCAGGGUGGCCAGCCAGGAUGGGCCAGGGCAGAACCCGCAGGAUGCGGUGACCGCGCCAGUCGCAAGAGACCUCUGCCCCACUGCCCAGGAGCCGCUCACUUGUGGGGACAGAAGCCCCUUCCCAGUCAAGCUCCGGUCCACAUCUCUCUCUUUCAAACACAGAGAUGUGUCCCUGCCAGAGGUGAAAGGAAUCAAGAGGUAUAGUGCUGAGGUCAGGCUGGAAAAAGGAAGACUGACUCUGCUCUCAAAAGAUGACAAGCGUCACAUGGGCAUGGCCCCUACUAUUCGGGGGGGCAGGUCCCCCAGUGACCAGGGAAAGGGGAAGGCCCGGCCAUCAGAGCAGCUGGGCUCUAAGCCACCCCUGCCCAGGAAGCCGCUUCUGCAUACCCUUACCCUCCCCUACCCACCUGCGUCCCCUGAUGUCAGCCCUGGAGAACUGGAAAAGGUCACGCCACCCCCGGGCCCCAGAAAGGAGACUCGGACAGUGGAGAAAAGGUUGCCCCACCGGGAAACUGAGAAGGGUCUGCCUCCCGCAGCAACGGAACCUGGAGCAGAGGGGCAGCCUGGGUUGCCCUGGGUCACUGUCACUCCACAGAAGCUGCGAGGAGCCCCGGAGCAGCCACCCCACCAGCAGGACAAGCAUGUGGCCCAGACCCUGAAGUCUGAGAUAGGAAAGCCAGCCAAGGUACCUGAGAGAACCCAGGAACCCAUGAAGCAAGCUGACUUUGUCCGCAGCAAGUCAUUCCUGGUGGCCCCAGCUAAGCCUACUGUGGACCGAAGGCAGGGCACCAAGCUCCACCUCCAGGAGGGGCUGCAAAGAGGAAUCUCUUUGUCCCAUCAGAACUUGGCAGCUCAGUCUGCAGCAAUGACAGAGAAGGAAUUACACCAGCUGAAGAGAGCAAGUUAUGCCAGUGCAGAUCAGCCCUCCUGGAUGGAACUUGCCAGAAAGAAAUCUCAAGCUUGGAGCGACAUGCCCCAAAUUAUAAAAUAGGUUGACAGUGUGCUGAUAAAAAAAUGUCCACCACCUUGAUGGGUCACUUAGUGAGAAAGUGCCACUAAAGGCAAACAAACCGAAACUUAAGAGUGAUUUUUAUCAUCAGGUUAUGGGAGGGCAAGGCUGGGGAAAACGAACCAAGCAAACAAGAAAGACAGACACACAGCCACAGUCCGGGCCAGCAGUGCCCGAAAACAAGAACACCAUUCAAAAGGGCCAGGAACAAGGUCUGGUGCCCGAAGGUAUGAAUGCGAGUCUUUCAGAACCCCUUGAUCAGAGGGGCCCCAACAAGGAAGAAAAAGGAAACGAAACAUGGAUGCAUAACUAGGACAGGGAGAACGUGUGUCUGUGCCUCCACUUGAGAUCAGCUUGUGUCUCUGGUCUUUGUCUUGCCUGUGGAUCCUGUUUUCUCCUCUCAUGUUUACUUCUGGGCAUGAUAUUGAUGGUAAACAGGGACGCCAUUUCCAAGAGCAGCUAUAAAAGUCAGUUUUCCUGAAGAUAGGAGCAGGACAGAGCUCUACAAAGGAGCAGAAAGGGCACAGCAGGGCACAUCAAUUCAUAGACUGUUUCCAAAAAUAAUUUUUAAACUUCUCCACUAGGCAUCUGUGACUUAACCAU